AUGAUUAUGGUCACGAUUAUCCUCAACGCUCUGUUCAUGGCUUUGGAGACGGACUAUGAUUUGAAAUACAAACUUUUUGGAUUCUUUGAGAUUGCAGACGAAUUCUUCAUGGCCAUUUACACCAUGGAGUUCUUGAUGAAGGUGUACGUUAACCCAGGGCUUUACUGGAAAAAUGGCUACAAUGUUUUCGAUGCUAUUAUUUUGGUCAUUUCAUUCGUUCCCAUGUUCGCUGAUGGAGGGGACUCCAGUGCAAUGGGGACCAUGCGCAUCGUCCGCGCUUUUCGCUCUUUGCGCGUGCUGAAGACUGUGUCGUUCAUUCGGGGCCUGCAGGCCUUGGUUGUAGCGCUAUUCAAGACCAUGAAGAGUGUGGUCUAUGUCCUGGGCCUGAUGUUUCUCCUGAUGUUCAUCUUUGCCAUCAUUGGAUAUUACUACUUUGGAGACCCUAACACUGGAGACCCUGAUAACUGGGGAGACCUGGGCUGUGCACUCUUCACACUUUUCAGUUUAGUGACAGUGGAUGGUUGGACUGAUCUGCAGCAGAACCUUGAUGACCUGGGGAUGAACUCCAGCCGCAUCUUCACCAUCGUCUUCAUCCUCAUCGGCUACUUCAUCUUUUUCAACAUGUUCAUCGGCGUGGUCAUCAUGGAGAUCCAGGUUGAACCCCUCUGGCCCCUGUCCUCCAGGUUGAACUCCCCUGUCCUCCAGGUUGAACCCCUCUGGCCCCUGUCCUCCAGGUUGAACCCCCCUGUCCUCCAGGUUGAACCCCUCUGGCCCCUGUCCUCCAGGUUGAACUCCCCUGUCCUUCAGGUUGAACCCCUCUGGCCCCUGUCCUCCAGGUUGAACCCCCCUGUCCUCCAGGUUGAACCCCUCUGGCCCCUGUCCUCCAGGUUGAACUCCCCUGUCCUCCAGGUUGAACCCCUCUGCCCUCUGCCCCCUGUCCUCAUGGGAGUCCCAAAUGGCAUCGGACCCUAUUCCCAUACAUCGUGUACGCAUGCAACGAAGCGUUUUGAGAAUGAGGUACAAAGUGAACGGGAGGCUUCGCUGACCCAGAAGAAACACGCCAUCAUCCAGAGACAGAAGAAUGAGAUCAGGAAUCUGAUCCAGAGCCAGACAGGCAACUUCACCAAGCUAGUGGAACAGUUCAACAAGUCUCUGCGUCACACUGAUUACACUGUGAUGGAGGACCUGUCUACCAGCAUGUCCUUCAUAGACAUCUACCUGACCACCCUGGAUCACCAGGACACCACUACCAACAAGCUGCAGCAGCUGUACUCCGAGGCCAUUCUGAUUCUGAGUGACUUACUGGAAGAAGACUUGAUUGAAAUGGAACAGAAAGCGCUGAGAGAGAGGAAAAUCAAAAUGAGGGCGUAA